AUGCCUGCUCACUACCGCAGCUUCCGAGGCAGCCUCCCCUGGCUGAUCCUCCUCCUGCAGGCUCUCUUCCUCCUCCUCUUCUACUUCUUCAUCCCAGAUGGUGCAACAAACACACCCACCUUUGCCUAUGCAGCUUUUCAAGAUGUCAACCACAUGCUGGUGUUUGGCUUUGGCUUCUCCUUCCUGUUCCUCAGAAGGUUUGGGUUUAGCAGCAUUGGAUUUAACCUCCUGCUCGUUGUGCUGGGUGUGCAGUGCUCUGUGCUGGCAGAAGAGGCAUUCUCUGGCCUUCUUCAAGGGCAGAGGCUGGAUGGCCUCAAAAGAAUAACAAAGGCUGUUGUGAGCAUGACUGCUGUGGUCAUCUCCACUGGAGCUGUUCUUGGGAAGGCCAAUCCUGUGCAGCUGAUCCUGAUGGCAGUUGUGGAGAUCAUAGCCUUCCAUGGGAGCAGAGGGAUGAGCCAAGUGUUCCUGCAGCUUCCAGACAGCAUCACCAUGAGGCAGGGUCACCUCUUUGGAGCCUGCUUUGGCCUGGCAGUCUCCUCACGUUUCCCUGAGCCAGCCCCAGGGGCUGAGAAGAGCAGGAGGACCCCAAAGGCAGAGCUGUUCUCCAUGCUGGGCACUCUCUUCCUGUGGGUGUUCUGGCCAAGCUUCAACCUGGUGCUGGAUGUGGAGGGCAGGAGCAGAACCAUCUCCAACACCUACUUUGCCCUGGCAGCCAGCACUGUGGCUGCCUUUGUGCUGUCUGCUCUGACCACAAGGGAUGGGAAAUUCCAGAUGAGCCACAUCCAGAGUGCAGUGCUGGCUGGAGGGGUUGCUGUGGGUUCUACAGCUCACAGCAUUGAGUCCCCUUGGAUUGCAAUGGUCCUGGGCCUGCUUGCCAGCCUGCUAACCAUCCUGGGGGCCUACUGCCUGCAGAGAUGCUUGAACCCUGCUCUCAAGAUCCAUGACACCUCUGGAGUUCAUUUCACUUUUGGCUUGCCUGCAGUGCUUGGAGGCCUUGCCCAGGUUGUUCUCUUGGUGGUCCACAACUGGGACAAUUUACCAAGACUGGGUGCCUUGGUGAUGAUUCAUGUUGGAGCCUUCUGCCUGACCAUCAGUGUGGCCUCAAUCACAGGCUUCCUUACAGGAUCCAUCUUAAACCUCAGAGUGUUUAAGACCAGCCCUGUGUCCAAGUACUUUGAAGACCAAUGUUACUGGGAGUUUCCCCACUUGGCUGUUGGAUUUUGAAUGGAAGAAGCCCUGAGGAUGGAAUGGGAAUGGAGGAAUCCUUGAGGAUGGCUUUGGAAGAAGCCCUGA